UUGGUUUUGCCCUCAAUGCUGUCUGUCUAGUAUAUUUAUCUUUGAGCGGGUAUUCAGCUUCACUCUCCAUUACUCUCUCUCUUUCUCUCUCUCUCUUUUAUUUAUUUUUGAGUUUUUUUUUAAUUAUUUUUUGACUUGGCCAAUCUCCCCAAAAACGAAAGAUGGAUCGUUAUCAGCGGGUGGAGAAGCCGAGGCAUGAAACCCCAAUUAACGAGAAUGAGAUUCGCAUUACCACCCAGGGAAGGAUGAGGAACUACAUUACCUAUGCUACCACUCUCCUUCAGGAGAAAGGAUCUAAUGAAAUUGCACUUAAAGCCAUGGGUAGAGCUAUUAACAAGACUGUCAUGAUUGCAGAACUGAUUAAGAGAAGGAUUGCUGGUCUUCAUCAAAAUACAGCUAUAGGUUCAACCGAUAUAACUGACAUGUGGGAGCCACUUGAAGAGGGCCUCCUUCCCCUUGAAACUACUCGCCAUGUAUCAGUGAUAACGAUUACUUUGUCCAAGAAGGAACUAGACACAUCCUCCACUGGGUACCAACUGCCGAUUCCAGCAGAUCAAGUGAAACCAUGGACCGAGUAUGAUUAUGAAGGAGAUGGUUCUCCUAACACACGAGGUAGAGGUCGCGGUGGUCGAGGAAGAGGUAGAGGGAGAGGAAAUUUUAACAACGGAAUAGUGGAGUACAACGGUGAUAAUGGCUUUGAUGGUGGGCGUGGCUAUGGGGGUAGGGGUCGAGGUCGUGGAAGGGGGAAUGGUUAUCGUGGCCGUGGAAGAGGCUAUGGGGGUGGAAAUAUGCAACCAGAAUCAGGUGGUUACAAUGAUUAUGGGGGAGGGGCACCUCCACAAUAUCGUGGGCAAGGGCGUGGACGAGGUAGGGCGAGAGGCCGUGGUCGUGGUAGGGGUUUUAGAUCAGAUGGGCCAGUACAGGCUGCUGUCUGAACCCAACAUAAGGUACUAAUUCCAAUUUAGGUUGUGGAAAGCUUUGGAUGCCUGCUCUGCUAAUUAUGUCUAUUUAAUGGAAAUGGGGGUGGGAUGAAGGGGAUUGGAAGCGGGGGGUAUGAGGUGGUGAUGAGUGUAUCUCACUGUUACAUUUCUAGGCAUACUAAAAGUUUUAAUGAGCUGCCCACUCAUUGACUGUGUGGUAGCCGUGUUUUUGUAGUUUCGAAAGUAGGAGAGAAUUCUUGUUUAAUGCCUGAUUAGGACUUUGGAAAGUUGUACUACACCUUUGUCUUUUAGAUAAUAAUAGAGCAGUACAUUCAAUUUUUUAUUCUUAA